AUGUGGAGCGCUAGUGCGGCGUUGUUUGCCUUCGUGGCGCUUGUCAGCUUUCUAUCCGCGUGCAUUGCCGCGCUUAUGACACUCUUCGGUCCUGGUAUUGACCGCCAGAAUAUGCGGCGAGGAGCUCCGCACACUGCCUCGCACCAGGAGUUUCUACUCUCCCACGUUCACUCGGGCAACGAAGAGUCUGGUCUAUUGGAGCGACCUCGGCCAAACGGGGAACUCAUGCGGCUUUUCUACCGAUUAUGGCUGCCUCGACACCUAGACAGCGCCAAGGAUGCUGUCCCUCGACCGAAAUGCUACGUUGUUCACAUAGACCUCAGCAAAUCUGAUAUUCUACACGGUGUCAACUCACACAGCGCCCGCAACAACACGUUCAUGGUCGAGGUGCUGCAACGUGGCUUCCUAGUGGCAGGCCUGGACCACGAGGGCAUGGGUCGCAGCGAUGGCAGACACGGAUACUUCUCCAGCGUUAGCAUGCUGGUGGAUGACGCUAUCGCCUUCAUAGACUUGGUAAAGGCGAAGUACCCUCAGAAGAAGGUUUUUCUACUUGGCGCGUCACUAGGUGGAUUAAUUAUCCUACACGCGCUUAGCAAAAGUCCGAAGCUGGUUGAUGGCGCCGUCAUUCUGUGUCCAGCAACCGAGGUCCACAAAGCAUCUCGACCUUCGCAGUUGAUGGAGCUGAUCGGUCGAUUGCUGCAGGAAUACAUGCCCAAGUUGCCGCUAGUGAAAGCUAACAGUGGCAAGAACAGCUCCCCGGAAGUGGCGGCAAUUAUCGACGCCGAAAAGUACUCGGAUCCACUGUAUUACCCUGGUAAAAUGCGUGUUGGAACGGGCCUUGCACUACUUGAAGGCAUUGUGAGUAUCCAGGACAAAUUGCAGCUGAUUGAGACGCCGUACUUGCUGCAACACGGCACAGCAGACCAAGCUUGCAGUGUCACCGGCUCAGCUGCGCUUCAUUUAAAGACACGCAGCGCUGAUAAAACGUUCAGGACGUACGAAGGAGGACACCACGACUUGGCCAGUGAACCUCCACGCAUUCGCGAUGCUGUAGUGCGCGACUUUGUGGCUUGGUUAGAAGACCAUUCCAAGCCCUAG